ACGGGACUGAGGAGUAGCUGCCGCCGCCGUCGGAGCCUUCGGUUCCGGAGCUGCCACCUGCGGGUUUGGCGGGGCUGGUGCGGGCGGCGGGACGGUCCCCGAGAGCCGCCGCCCCCGCUGGGAUCGCGAUGCCGUGAAGCCUAAAAACACCGCAUGUGAAUGAAACACCACUCUUACUGGAUUUUGAAUUGCGUUCACCAUGGGACAGCAAAUUUCUGAUCAGACGCAAAUGGUUAUAAACAAGUUGCCUGAAAAAGUAACCAAACACAUCUCUCUGUUUCGAGAAAGUGGUUCUCUUACCUAUGAGGAAUUUCUGGGGAGAGUAGCUGAACUGAAUGAUGUAACUGCAAAAGUGGCUUCUGGCCAAGAAAAGCACCUCCUGUUUGAGGUACAGCCAGGGUCAGAUUCCUCUGCCUUUUGGAAGGUGCUGGUCCGAGUGGUGUGUACCAAGAUUAACAAAAGCAGUGGAAUUGUAGAAGCUUCAAGAAUCAUGAAUCUGUAUCAGUUUACCCAGCUUUAUAAAGAUAUCACAAGUCAAGCAGCAGCAGUCCUGGAACAAGGCCCAACAACUUCAGAAGGGGCUGCGGAAGGCUUGCCUGCUGUGUCUUCCUGUCAUGCCAGCAUCUGGAUGGGAAGAGUGAAGCAGCUGACAGAUGAGGAGGAGUGCUGCAUUUGCAUGGAUGGGCGAGCUGACCUCAUUCUGCCCUGUGCCCACAACUUUUGUCAGAAGUGCAUUGAUAAAUGGAGUGAUCGACACAGGAACUGUCCUAUCUGCCGCCUACAGAUGAGUGGGGUCAAUGAUUCUUGGGUUGUAUCUGAUGCACCUACAGAAGAUGACAUGGCUAACUAUAUACUUAACAUGGCUGACGAGGCCGGCCAGCCUCACGUGCCGUGAAACUAGGGACUUCUCAUGGUAACUUGGGCUGGAAAUCCCAUUUGGGGAUGGAGUGAAGAGUAUAGGGGCGUCAGUGUCAUGAGCACAUGAAAAUUGGAUCCUUCCCUCACCCCGUCUCUAUUUUUGCCACUCUGUCCCACAAUUUAUUCCAUCCCUUUUGAUAAAGUUCACGAAUCUUUGUUUUAAUCUAAAUCUAAAUUACUGUUUUAAAUCUUUGUACAUGAGCCAGUCUUAGGUUGGUAAGUAUCCCAACAGGUCUGUGGUAUUCUCUGAGAGCACUCUGGCUGCUAGUUAGAGAAGCAUCCUCUUGAGAAACUUCUGAAACACUGGUUUUAGUUAGGUAGAUUAGGUUCCAACCAAUCCUGAGUGUUCAGUGGUCAUAGUUUUCUGACACAAGCUGAACCCAAUUUAAAACAACUGAAGAUAGAAAAUAAAUCCAAGUGUUCAUUACUACUAAACUAGUCGUUUUACUGGAAUUUAAGGGGUAGUUAUUGCCCCCUCCUGGUUAAUCAGGGCUCCAUUAAUGAUCUCUGCAUGAAGUAACCACAAAAGCUACCUAAUCAAGCAGUUUGUGAUUCAGAGAGAAGAGUUGAUGAAAUCUGUUUAUUUCAAAGAGAGUAAGAAAUUUAGAGCUUCUGAAAUAUAUAUAUAUUGGGGGGGGGGCUCAGACUCAUUGUGGGCAGCUUGAUGGUUUCUAACACCUCUUAUGAAAAACCCUGAGGUUUGAGAGGGACAGUUUUUCUUGAUAGAAAAGCUCCAAAGUCUUAUACUUUCAAACUCUACAUACUGGAAGCAAAUCUUUAGUAAAUGAUAAAUUACUCAGUAUUGACAUGGUUCUUGUUAGUGUCAUGAUUUGGUAGAAAUGCUCACACUUAGGGGGUUAAAAGGCUAAGAAACCAGUGGUCCUGCUUCUUCCCCAGAAGUGUAGGACCUCCUGAAACGAGAGAGGAAGUUCAGGCUGCUUUGAUAAGAAUAUUUAGAAACAAAAGUAGUAAGAAUGCAACAUAGGCAGUGUUCUAAUAGCCCUUCAGCCUCCUUUGUGAAAGAGGAAAAUGUUCACAAAGAAAGCUUUUGGUUUAUCUUGCCUCCUAACUUUCAGCAGUCAUGAAACAGUUUCCUUUAAAAACAAACGCAUCCAACCCUCCAAGGAAGCCAUUCCGACAUGUUUAGUUCAAGCUGCAAACAUAGGAAUUGCUGUAAGCACUGGGGCAGAUGAUUUAUGUUGCUGUUUCAGGGAGUGGCUGCAGGACUGUGUGUGUAAAUAGAAGGUUGAUUUUUUUUUUUUUAGCAAGUGUGCAAAUAAAAUGAAUGAUCCAUUUGUAGAAAAACACUCGUUCCUUUCUUAUUGGUUGUUUUCCACCCCGCAGUUGUAGGGAUAAGGUCUGAGGAGCAGCCCCCACAGAUUCUGCCCCCCUUUUCAGGUCUGUGACUAAAUUAAGAGCCGAUGGGUGUUUGUUGGCUAAGUGCCUUAGGGCCAAAUCUGGAUAUGUUUUCUGAAUUUGACUUGUCUUCAUAAGCCUCAUUCAAGCUGCUUUUUCAUAUAGGCACAUACACAGUACAUGUACGAUGUCAUACUUUGGCCUUACUUAAAAAUAGAAUCGCCAAGAAAACCAACUAGUUGGCUCUUGCAGUUUUCAGCCGAAUCAUAGAAAACACAUCGAGCAGCGGUGCCUGGACAGUGUUUGGAUUUCAGUGGUACCCUCUAUGUCUGGAAGCGAGGGCCUGCCUGGAAAUUCUAUUCUUAGACUGGCUCUGGUUCCAGGGCAUUCAUGUCUUCCCACUCCCAUUUUCUUGUAAUUCCAUUAAAGGCCAGGACAUUGCUGUUUGGAAUAUGUGAAAAGGGCUACAGUUGUAAGGAUGAGGGGAGUAAUGAGAACCCUAGCCAGAGAAAUUAAAGUUCCUUGUCUUGGUGGACAGUGAGUAGAAGUGAUGACCAUGAUAACUGACAUGGUAGUUUGAGUUUUCAAAGCGCUCUAUACACAUUAUCUCAUUGAAGCCUCACAACAACCCUGCAAAGUAGUACCUCCAGUUACUAUCCCAUUUUACAGAUGGGUACACUGAGGUUUAGAGAGAGGAAAUAAUUUGCCCAUGGUGACACAGUUAGUGUCAGAGGCAGGAUUUGAAUCAAGGUCUUCCCGAGUCCACAUGCAGGACUCUCCAACUCCACUCAGCAGAAACACUUCCGUAGGCCGACUUUCACUGUGUCAUCUCUGCAGGCUGGCCUUUUACCAUUUUCUUCCACAUAUCUUUUCUCUUUCAGGGAGUCAAUGACCAGCCAAGAGCACUGAGGAAAUCUGAUAUUUAUCAAAACCUCUCCCAUUUUGCAGACACGUCCCUCCCCAAACACUGCAGUAUCAUCACAUCAUUUCACUAACCUCAUCAACAUAAAUGGGAAACAGACAGCCCCAUGUCUUUGCUGACUCUAAGCUUUAGGACUUUUCCUUCACACGUGAAUGAAAUGUAGUUUCUACUGUAGGAUUAACCGACUCCUAAAGUUGUCAUUUUGCUUAAAGGUGAAGAUGUAAACUUUUUUAUCUUAGACUUUUAAAUCUUUUGUAAUUAGAAAGUACUAAAAUGCACUUGCUGUGCCGGGAGGUAGGAACUGUGGUAUGACUUGUGCCUUCCAGAGCUGGGGAUAAUCUCUUAUACACUCACUCUAAGGAACUGGAUCUGUUUGUUAAUUGACAAAAUGUCCUUUUCUUAAAUGCACUAAAAGGGUUCCACAAUCUACUGAUAACUAUAGGCUAUUAAUGUGCUAGGAUGAGUUUGAAUAUGAGCUGCUUUCUUCUACAUUUAGAUGCAAAUAGAGCUAUUUAAAAUAGCAAUGCUUCAUGAGUAAAGAUACUAUUUCUUAAACUUUCUGAAAGUCACAUGUGAGUUUGCUGUUAGAUGCAUCAGGGACUAAUAAAUACCCCAGUCUGUAUUAUUAGGACAGAUUGAUAAAUUGUGCAAUAAAUAAUUAGGGGGUGGGACAGAGAAAAAACAGCUAUUGACAAUUGUUUUUUCUUACAAUUGUAUGAUUUACUCUUGUUAUUAUGUAUUAUAAUUGGUUGAAUCUGUGGACUAACUAUAAAUUUAUAUCCCUUAGAGGGCUGUUUUUAUAUAUUGUACAUUGGGUUCUAUUGUAUUUCUGACUGAUUUGUGACCUUUUCUCCCUGUUUAAAAAAAAUCAAUUACAAUUCAUUUGAGCUGGUUAUUGGAACCAGCCCUCCCCAUGCCCAGAUUGCUUGGUGUGAUAAGGUAUUGACUGUGGGUGGUGAACCAGCUGCUGCUUACUGCCACAGUCCCUGUGGUAAUUGGUUCUCAGUGGUAUUGGUGAAUAAUUGGAGCACUGGAGAGGAUCGGGCUUAUUUCAAAAAAACAAUUCAAGCCACAUUUGCUAUAUUUACCAAAGAAUGGGGAGAAAACCAUUUAAAAGACAGGGAGAAUUAGCUUCCCAUCUGUGUGGUGGGCACAGGAGCAAAGAUGUCUUUGUGAAUGAAUGAAUGAAUGAAAACACAAGGGAGAUCUCUUGUGUAAGUCUGUCUUUUUGUAAGAUUUGAGGAAAGUAGUAAAGAUAACCGCUACACUA